AUGUCGUUCAGCAUAUCGAACUUUAUCGGAGACCCAUUUGCUAUAUCCACGUUGUCGUUUGGGUUGAUAGCAUGGAUUAUAUCUAUUGCAGGGGCCGGAGCAUCGAAUCAGGACAAAUUCCCCCAUUUCAGUUGGUGGGGCAUAAUGUAUCAGUUGGUAAUAAUGGUGGUGAUCACGGUGUUGUACUUGUACAACACGAUCGAGUUGUACAAGUUCACUUUGGUGGGGUUGUUAUCGAUUGCGUUUGUAUAUUCCACCAACUCGACCAACCACUUGAUCUACAAGACAGGAGACUCGGGAAUGUUGUGUUGCGCUGCGGGAUGUAUUUUGUUGUCGAUGUUGAACUUGAUCUGGAUCUUAUACUUCGGGGGCCAUCCAGAGUCUCCUACAAACCAGUUCAUUGAUUCGUUCUCGUUGAAGACACAUUCGCACAAUCAUGGCCACUUACCCUCGGCCGAUAACAAGGCUGCCGAUGGAGACAUCGACGACGAGGUGGAAUACAAGAGAUAUUCGUCGUCCCAAGGAAACACUCAGUUCCAGGACAACAAUUUGAGACAAUCUCAACUCACUACGAACAACAAGUCCGUCAAUACCCCAUACAUGUCCUCGUCACAAUUAAAUGGCUUGGAAAACUUUUCGUCGUCUGACGUGCAUCAAAGCAGGGACUUGACCAGUAACAAAAGACAGACUGUUUAUAACGAUACCAAUUCUGUCAACGAUACCGGCAAUGUAUUCAGGUAUAAAGCCAAGGCCUUAUAUAGCUAUGACGCCAAUCCAGAAGAUAUUAAUGAAAUUUCCUUUGCCAAAGAUGAACUUUUGGAAGUGGAUGAUAUUGAUGGUAAAUGGUGGCAAGCAAAAAGAUCAAAUGGACAAGUUGGUAUUUGUCCAUCAAAUUAUGUGAAGUUAAUGGAUUAG